AUGCUACCUUCUUCCCUCCUUGGCCAUCCAUCCUCAAACCCCACCUUCCAGGCGGCCUACAGCCAGCUCCAGGACCCCUCCCCUCUCACAUGGUCUCCCUUUGCGGGGGAACGGCCUGGCUGUAUUCUCACCCUCGACACGCGCUACAGCCCUGAACGCGUGCAGGCAGUAGAGGCGGCUGUAGCACAACUGAUGAGGAACCUUGGGAUAGAAGAAAAAGGGGACGGGGGUGGGCCUGGUGGGGGGUGGUUAGUGCAAAAGGGAAGGAAACUUGGAGCAAUGGAGGAUGCUGUUGCGCAGCUGGAUGACGACGCUGCUGGCCUCCAGGAGGGGCAGGGAAGCGAGUCAGAGGGGGAAGGUGGGGAAAGUGACACACUGGAAAGGGGACGUGGGCUGUUUGCACGAGGGGACGAGGUGCGUGAGGUGUGGAGGCGGUUCUACGAGAGUCUUCCCAAGAUGCUGGAUGGCCAUGGCAGGGAGCAGCUCUACAAGUUCCCCAUCUGGCUCGCUCUAGCUGCUCACUCCGACGUUCGACAGUUUCCACAUUCCAUGUUCCCUUCCCCCCUCAUUCCUGUUCCCCCCACAUUCCUGUUCCCCCCACAUUCCUGUUCCCCCCACAUUCCUGUUCCCCCCACAUUCCUGUUCCCCCCACAUUCCUGUUCCCCCCACAUUCCUGUUCCCCCCACAUUCCAUGUUCUCCCCACAUUCCAUGUUCCCCCCACAUUCCAUGUUCCCCCCACAUUCCAUGUUCCCCCCACAUUCCUGUUCCCCCCACAUUCCAUGUUCUCCCCACAUUCCAUGUUCCCCCCACAUUCCAUGUUCCCCCCACAUUCCAUGUUCCCCCCACAUUCCAUGUUCCCCCCACAUUCCAUGUUCCCCCCACAUUCCAUGUUCCCCCCACAUUCCAUGUUCCCCCCACAUUCCAUGUUCCCCCCACAUUCCAUGUUCCCCCCACAUUCCAUGUUCCCCCCACAUUCCAUGUUCCCCCCACAUUCCAUGUUCUCCCCACAUUCCAUGUUCCCCCCACAUUCCAUGUUCUCCCCACAUUCCAUGUUCUCCCCACAUUCCAUGUUCUCCCCACAUUCCAUGUUCCCCCCACAUUCCAUGUUCCCCCCACAUUCCAUGUUCUCCCCACAUUCCAUGUUCUCCCCACAUUCCAUGUUCUCCCCACAUUCCAUGUUCUCCCCACAUUCCAUGUUCUCCCCACAUUCCAUGUUCCCCCCACAUAGUUCUCCCCACAUUCCAUGUUCUCCCCACAUUCCAUGUUCUCCCCACAUUCCAUGUUCUCCCCACAUUCCAUGUUCUCCCCACAUUCCAUGUUCUCCCCACAUUCCAUGUUCUCCCCACAUUCCAUGUUCUCCCCACAUUCCAUGUUCCCCCCACAUUCCAUGUUCUCCCCACAUUCCAUGUUCUCCCCACAUUCCAUGUUCCCCCCACAUUCCAUGUUCUCCCCACAUUCCAUGUUCCCCCCACAUUCCAUGUUCCCCCCACAUUCCAUGUUCCCCCCACAUUCCAUGUUCCCCCCACAUUCCAUGUUCCCCCCACAUUCCAUGUUCCCCCCACAUUCCAUGUUCUCCCCACAUUCCAUGUUCCCCCCACAUUCCAUGUUCUCCCCACAUUCCAUGUUCUCCCCACAUUCCAUGUUCUCCCCACAUUCCAUGUUCCCCCCACAUUCCAUGUUCCCCCCACAUUCCAUGUUCUCCCCACAUUCCAUGUUCUCCCCACAUUCCAUGUUCUCCCCACAUUCCAUGUUCUCCCCACAUUCCAUGUUCUCCCCACAUUCCAUGUUCCCCCCACAUUCCAUGUUCUCCCCACAUUCCAUGUUCCCCCCACAUUCCAUGUUCUCCCCCACAUUCCAUGUUCUCCCCACAUUCCAUGUUCUCCCCACAUUCCAUGUUCUCCCCACAUUCCAUGUUCUCCCCACAUUCCAUGUUCCCCCCACAUUCCAUGUUCCCCCCACAUUCCAUGUUCUCCCCACAUUCCAUGUUCUCCCCACAUUCCAUGUUCUCCCCACAUUCCAUGUUCUCCCCACAUUCCAUGUUCUCCCCACAUUCCAUGUUCCCCCCACAUUCCAUGUUCUCCCCACAUUCCAUGUUCUCCCCACAUUCCAUGUUCCCCCCACAUUCCAUGUUCUCCCCACAUUCCAUGUUCUCCCCACAUUCCAUGUUCUCCCCACAUUCCAUGUUCUCCCCACAUUCCAUGUUCUCCCCACAUUCCAUGUUCUCCCCACAUUCCAUGUUCUCCCCACAUUCCAUGUUCUCCCCACAUUCCAUGUUCUCCCCACAUUCCAUGUUCUCCCCACAUUCCAUGUUCCCCCCACAUUCCAUGUUCUCCCCACAUUCCAUGUUCUCCCCACAUUCCAUGUUCUCCCCACAUUCCAUGUUCUCCCCACAUUCCAUGUUCUCCCCCACAUUCCAUGUUCUCCCCACAUUCCAUGUUCUCCCCACAUUCCAUGUUCUCCCCACAUUCCAUGUUCUCCCCACAUUCCAUGUUCUCCCCACAUUCCAUGUUCUCCCCACAUUCCAUGUUCUCCCCCACAUUCCAUGUUCCCCCCACAUUCCAUGUUCUCCCCACAUUCCAUGUUCUCCCCACAUUCCAUGUUCUCCCCACAUUCCAUGUUCUCCCCACAUUCCAUGUUCUCCCCACAUUCCAUGUUCUCCCCACAUUCCAUGUUCCCCCACAUUCCAUGUUCUCCCCACAUUCCAUGUUCUCCCCACAUUCCAUGUUCCCCCCACAUUCCAUGUUCCCCCCACAUUCCAUGUUCUCCCCACAUUCCAUGUUCCCCCCACAUUCCAUGUUCUCCCCACAUUCCAUGUUCUCCCCACAUUCCAUGUUCUCCCCACAUUCCAUGUUCCCCCACAUUCCAUGUUCCCCCCACAUUCCAUGUUCUCCCCACAUUCCAUGUUCUCCCCACAUUCCAUGUUCUCCCCACAUUCCAUGUUCUCCCCACAUUCCAUGUUCUCCCCACAUUCCAUGUUCCCCCCACAUUCCAUGUUCUCCCCACAUUCCAUGUUCCCCCCACAUUCCAUGUUCUCCCCACAUUCCGUGUUCUCCCCACAUUCCAUGUUCUCCCCACAUUCCAUGUUCUCCCCACAUUCCAUGUUCUCCCCACAUUCCAUGUUCUCCCCACAUUCCAUGUUCUCCCCACAUUCCAUGUUCUCCCCACAUUCCAUGUUCUCCCCACAUUCCAUGUUCUCCCCCACAUUCCAUGUUCUCCCCACAUUCCAUGUUCUCCCCACAUUCCAUGUUCUCCCCACAUUCCAUGUUCCCCCCACAUUCCAUGUUCUCCCCACAUUCCAUGUUCUCCCCACAUUCCAUGUUCCCCCCACAUUCCAUGUUCCCCCCACAUUCCAUGUUCUCCCCACAUUCCAUGUUCUCCCCACAUUCCAUGUUCUCCCCACAUUCCAUGUUCUCCCCACAUUCCAUGUUCUCCCCACAUUCCAUGUUCCCCCCACAUUCCAUGUUCUCCCCACAUUCCAUGUUCCCCCCACAUUCCAUGUUCUCCCCACAUUCCAUGUUCUCCCCACAUUCCAUGUUCUCCCCACAUUCCAUGUUCUCCCCACAUUCCAUGUUCUCCCCACAUUCCAUGUUCUCCCCACAUUCCAUGUUCCCCCCACAUUCCAUGUUCUCCCCACAUUCCAUGUUCUCCCCACAUUCCAUGUUCUCCCCACAUUCCAUGUUCCCCCCACAUUCCAUGUUCUCCCCACAUUCCAUGUUCUCCCCACAUUCCAUGUUCUCCCCACAUUCCAUGUUCUCCCCACAUUCCAUGUUCUCCCCACAUUCCAUGUUCUCCCCACAUUCCAUGUUCUCCCCACAUUCCAUGUUCUCCCCACAUUCCAUGUUCUCCCCACAUUCCAUGUUCUCCCCACAUUCCAUGUUCUCCCCACAUUCCAUGUUCUCCCCACAUUCCAUGCCCCAGAUUCCGUUCUUCCACUCACAUUCUGGCGGUAUGCAUGA